UUAUCUGCCAAUGAGCUGGAUGCCUGCACUUGUCAGUAGGUGAUCCUGUUAUAUAUAACCUUAAAGAAAAGAUAAAAAGAGAAGAAGAACAAUAAAGCACCCAAUGAUUUUACACAGGUAACUGUGAAGCUCGUGUACAGUCCCUUUAUAUGUGCGCACCGCUGGUGCCAGACGCGCGUUUCCAGCUCGCGCUGGUGAUGCGAUGCCCCGCAACCACAGCGGCGAUGAGGGCGGCACUGGUCUCUGGAUGAAGACCUCGCAGCACUAUGGCAUGAAAGAUGUUGAAGCCGGUCGUGGGACGAUGAACAAAGCCAGGACAGUCGACAGCCUGCUGUCGGCGCCGGGCGCAACAGGUGCAGGAGACUUGGAGAACCAGAGGAGAAAGCAGGGCGCCCGGCUGAGCUUGCUGGGGAAACCGCUCACCUACAGCGCGCAGAGCGGCCGGAGAAACGCGCGCUACAGGAAGCUCCAGAACUACCUCUACAAUGUCCUGGAGAGACCGCGAGCCUGGGCAUUCGUUUACCAUGCCUUUGUGUUCACUUUGGUGUUUGGCUGUCUGGUUCUCUCUGUGUUCUCCACCAUCCCUGCUCAUAUGGACCUCUCAAAUCACUGUCUCCUUAUACUGGAGUUUGUGAUGAUUGUUGUGUUCGGUCUGGAGUACAUCAUUCGCAUCUGGUCGGCUGGAUGCUGCUGUCGCUACAGGGGAUGGCAAGGACGACUGCGCUUUGCAAGAAAACCAUUCUGUGUCAUCGACAUUAUUGUGCUCAUUGCAUCCAUCGCAGUGGUUUCAGCUGGUAGCCAGGGCAAUAUUUUUGCCACGUCUGCACUUCGCAGCCUGCGUUUCUUGCAGAUCCUGCGCAUGGUGCGUAUGGACAGGCGAGGCGGUACCUGGAAACUGCUUGGAUCUGUUGUCUACGCUCACAGCAAGAUCACGCUCACCACCAUUGGAUACGGCGAUAAGACUCCACAGACCUGGACCGGGCGGCUUCUGUCUGCAGGGUUUGCUUUGCUGGGCAUCUCGUUCUUCGCUUUGCCUGCUGGUAUUCUUGGCUCUGGCUUUGCUCUGAAGGUCCAAGAGCAGCACAGACAGAAGCACUUUGAAAAGAGGAGAAACCCAGCAGCCAGCCUCAUACAGUGUGUGUGGCGUAGCUAUGCGGCUGAUGAGAACUCGGUUUCCAUUGCUACCUGGAAGCCUCAUUUGAAGGCGUUGCAUACCUGCAGCCCUACAAAGAAAGACCAGGGGGAAUCCAUCAGCAGUCAAAAGUUAAGUUUUCGGGAGCGUGUGCGCAUGGCCAGUCCUCGCGGUCAGAGCAUGAAGAGCAGACAGAUGUCAGUGAAUGACCGACGCUCUCCUGCCACAGAGGUUGGGGUUGAGGGCAGCAGCCCUGCCAAGGUCCAGAAGAGCUGGAGCUUCAAUGACCGAACACGCUUCCGGCCAUCACUGAGACUCAAGAGCCAAUCGCGCACAACAACUGAAGCUGACACAAAUCUUGGACCGGAUGAUGCUUUUGAUGAGAAGGGUUGCCAUUGUGAUGUGACUGUGGAAGAUCUAUCUGCCCCACUAAAGGCAGUGAUCAGGGCUGUCAGGAUAAUGAAAUUCCAUGUGGCCAAGAAGAAGUUUAAGGAGACGCUUCGACCGUAUGAUGUGAAAGAUGUGAUUGAGCAAUACUCUGCUGGUCACCUGGAUAUGCUAUGUCGUAUCAAGAGUCUCCAGACUAGGUUGGACACCAUUGUGGGUCCACAGACCCUGAGCAGCAAAGCCAAGACCUUUUCUUCUCCUUCCCUGCACUUGUAUUACAGCCAGGCCAAGAGGAAACACUCUGCCCCAGGACUCGCCACAGCUGUGGGUCCACAUCAGACACUCAGCACCAAAGCCAGGAACCUUUCCUCUCCCUCUCUACACAUGUAUUACAGCCAAAGCAAGAAGAAGCACGCUGGGGUGGAUCAGAUACUGGGAAAGGGCCAGAUUUCAGUAGACAGGAAAGGCAGGGAGAAAAUCCUCCCAGAAGGAGAAUCCUUGGAGCAUGACAUGAGCAUGCUUGGCCGUGUCUGUAAAGUAGAGAGACAAGUACAGUCCAUUGAGUCAAAGCUGGACUCAUUACUGGAUAUAUACCGGCAAGUGUUGCAAAAAGGUUCCUCUUCGAUGCUUGGUCUGUCUGCUUUGCCCCUGUUCGAGCUGGAUCAAACCUCCGACUACCAAAGCUCCAUCCAUAGCAAGGAUUUGUCAUCCUCCUCCCAGCUUACCGGCAGCAGCGUGUCUCGUCCGGGCAGCAGUAACCUGCAUCGUGGUCUUCAUCUUGCUCUGGCCCCUAGUGAACUCAACUUGGGUACCGGUUACCCGCAUUCUGCCUCCUCCUUCUCACCUUCCCCUCUCCUAAACAACCAACCCUCCAGCCCUGACAGUUUCUACCCAGCGUCCCCUCCUCCCAUUCUCACCCCCAACAACCUUUCCAGAAGUCACCAGUGGUUCAGUGAGCUGACAAGGCCGGUCCCAACAGUCCAUUCAACCUCAUCGACCCUUCAGCUCCCGCCUAUGGUACCAACGCCUCAAAGUCGGCCUACCAGCCUUAUCCCAGAGACGCUACAGGAGAGCCAGGUGGAGUGUCUGAGCAAUUGCCUGUUGAGUACCCAAACCGAGGAUGAGUCGGACAGGGAAGCCGAUAGUAUUCAAAGCACGGUACAGCUACGGCACAAGCCCGAACGUAACCCCAAGGAAGAUGGGUCGUGGAGAAGACACUUGAGCCUUGACAUUGAUCCUCUUAUGCUCAUGUCUUCCACAACAGCUGCCUCGCUACAGGUCGAGCGUGGGCUCGGCAAGUCUCUUUCUGCUCAGAACCUCAUGCUGCCGACUGCUGCCGACUGCCAUCCCAGCCUGUCCACUCGGAGCAGCGGCAGCAGCAACAACGAGUCCAGCGACCGUGAGCCGCUGGCCGACUGGGGCGAUACAGAGCUCUUCGUCAAUGACAAAGUGGUGGACACCACGGAGGGUGACCGUUACCACCUCCACCAACAGAACAACGAUACGUCCUUCUCUUCUGAGCUGCUACGGACAGGAGCCAGUGGGCCGUCUCCCAGCCAGGCUGGACCAAGAGAUGGUCUUGAGUCCCAUAACUUGCCUCACAUAUGCCUCGAAUAACCCCCGGAGCACAGGAACCUCACUGUGGAGACUGGACACAACCUCAUGUCCCUCAUGUGCUUCUUUUCCAAAGGAAAUGGAGCGUCCUGUACGCUCUAUGUGUUUUCUAAUUUUCACAGGAAGACGACAUGCUGUUCAUACAUUUAUGUUCAUACGUACAUAUCAAUGCAUGGACAAUUUAUCAAAAAAGAGAAUUUAUAUUAACGAGAAACUGUUGUGGAAAAAAUAUUCCGGGUUCAAUAUACAUUAAGCUCAAUUGACAGGUUUGUGACAUAAUACUUAUUACCUCCGUAAACACCAUAAAGGACUGAAAAAUGUGUGAAUGUAACCAUAUGAAGGAAUCUUAUAAUCAAGGAAGCUUAUAAUUUAAAAAAACUUACAUUUCUGCUUUUAAAUUGUCCAGAAAUUGGCCCCAUUAAUUUUCACUGUGAGUGCAUCACUCUAACCCGUAUACUGUAUAUGCAUUUUUUUUUGUUAAUCAAUAUUAUGCCACGAAUGCUGUCGGUUGAGCAUAACUUGUACUGAACCUAUAAUAUUCCUUUAAAAUAAUGAAGGGUUAUGGUACUGAAUGAGCCUUGCAUGGGAUCGGCAUGUAUAAAAUGCAACAGCAAAUAUAAUUGGAAGUGUGUAUGCACCUGUAAUAAUCCCUCACUCAGCAUUAGGAUUUGUUUCUCACUUCCUUCUGAAUGUUUGGCAGUCCACUCAUUUGCAUGUGUUAAGAAAUUGUGGGGGGAAUAGCAGAAAAAAACAGAUGGUCUUGGUCCAAAACCACAUUAAUCUGUGAUACUAUGCAAACCUCAGCCAAUCAAGCAGGGUUUGCAAGCAACUCCAGAGGAAACUCAAAAACAAACGCAUCUUCACGCUAUAGCCUGCACAGAGAUAUGCUUUCUUAAUUUGACUAUGUCCUUUAAAACCUGAGAAUCUUAGCAUCUGAAGAAAGCUGAAUGUUGUUACUAAAGAGAUGGUAUGAUGUGUUCAGGUGUAAUGUCUUAUGAGGAGGUAUUUGUGACAAUCAGGCUUUUUGAAAAGCACUGAUUUCUGAUUUUUCUAAUUCCGAGUCCUCAUGUGGAUAUUUGGCUGCUAAAAUGUUAAAAGAAUCAUUUUCAUCAUGACAAUAAAUUACACUUGCAAUAUCAUAACUAAUGAUUGUAAUUAAAUUUUACAUGUAUUUUGAUUGCUUUGUAACCUGCAUCCAUAUAAUCAGAAGUUAUCUUUGUCAAAUUUGUAUUGGAAUUGCGGCAAUAUCUCAUUUCUGUUGUAUUUUCUGAUUUUGUUCUUUUAAAUUCUGUAGCAAGCAGGCAUCUUAUACCUAAACCUCAGCUUUGUAACCUCUGUUCUACAUUUUUUAUUCCAUGCUUCUGAAUGGUACAAUAAGUGCUUUAGCUAAAAUGCUUGUCUGUACAACUUAGAAUGCAAAGUGUAUCAUUAUGUGUACGUAGACUAACCAUGAUUAACUGUUAAAUUUUUGUUUGUUUGUUUUGUUUUUAUUUUUUGUUAAAAACAUCUGAGGUGUACAUUGAGGAUGUUUUUGCCACUGUACAAUUGGAAGCAAAACUGUUCAGAUGUGUAGAGGAAACCUGCAAAUGUGAUGAAUUGUUUUAACAUGAAUAUGCUUUAAAUAAAAUUUAUAAUCCAGAGAUAGUUGAGAUGCUUAUUUUGCUCUAGAGUUGAGGUAAAUAAUAUAGGCACCUGAGAACUGAAAUGAGAAAAUGUCAACAGCUGUGGAACUAAAUGAUGCUUGAAAUGCAGAAAAAGGUUUGUACAGAAAUCUAGUCUUCUUAACACAUUAUGAUUGAUAAUAUUACUAUUGUUAAUGCUUUUCUGAAAGUUUUCAUUUGUAAUUCAAUGGUUUACGGUGCCUUUUUGCAUUUUAUUAAACAUUUAUACAACUUCUGUAUUCACAGUACCUUGAACUCUUAUUGAAAUGGUUAUAUUUUGACAAUUGCACAUUCUCUGUUUGGCUGUGAACUUAAAGCGUCUGUCAGUUUAAGCAGCAUUUCUUUGUUUUAC